AUGACUGCGUCCUCCGCGCGCAUGCUCCGUCCUCUCUCGCCUGUCGGCCUAAGAGCGGCCGUGCUGCGGGAGGGGGCGUGGUGGGGAGGGUCGGCCCUGGGCAAGAUGGCGGCCUACGCGCUGGCCGCUUCGGGCAGUGUCUGGGCGAGUCGCGGCGGGUGCCGAGCGCGGGGCCUCUUGAGGGGCCUCUGCAGCGGCGGGACGACGCACUUCGGGUUCCAGGUCGUGUCGGAGGAGGAGAAAGGAGAGAAAGUUUACCAGGUGUUUGAAAAUGUGGCAAAGAAGUAUGAUCUAAUGAAUGAUUCGAUGACUCUGGGAAUCCAUCGUGUCUGGAAGGACAUCCUGCUGCGCCAAAUGAACCCUUAUCCGGGAGCCCAGUUACUUGAUGUUGCUGGAGGGACAGGUGACAUCGCCUUUCGAUUUAUCAAUUAUGUUCGUUCCCAGCGGGAGCAUCAGGUCCAGCAGAAGCUGAGAUCCCAUCAGAAUUUAUCGUGGCAGGAGAUUACCCAGCUUUACCAGGAAGAGGAAAAUGGAUCUCUAGGGGGAUCCCAUGUAGUGGUCUGUGACAUUAACAAAGAGAUGGUGAAGGUUGGGAAGCAGAAAUCUCAGCAGCUUGGCUACUCUGAAGGAUUGUCCUGGGUGGUGGGGAAUGCUGAAGAUCUGCCCUUCCAUGACGACGAGUUCGAUGUUUACACGGUUGCUUUUGGAAUCCGUAAUGUCACCCACAUGGACCAGGCGCUUCAGGAGGCUUAUCGAGUCCUGAAACCAGGAGGGCGGUUCCUCUGUCUUGAAUUCAGUCAAGUCAACAAUUCCCUUCUUUCCAGUCUGUAUGAUCUCUAUAGCUUCCAAGUUAUCCCUGUGCUGGGAGAAAUUAUUGCUGGUGAUUGGAAAUCCUACCAGUAUCUUGUAGAAAGCAUAAGGCGCUUUCCAGCUCAGGACGAGUUCAAGGAAAUUAUUGAAGAUGCAGGCUUUCUGAAGGUGGAGUAUCAAAACCUGACAUCAGGCAUUGUGGCCAUUCAUUCUGGAUUCAAACUCUGAUUACCGUUUUUUUGUAUUGAGGGAAAAACACCUGGCUUCCAGUACUUCAGUGCCCUAUCUCCAAGACAGGUGAAAAAAGAAAAUGAAUCACUCAGAAGGCAUUAAAUUUCAAGACGGGACAAAAGAAA